ACUUGUACUGUAUUGACUCGGAUGACUGAUUGGCUAAGCUGCUUCUCUAGCAUCAGAUAUGUACAGUGCGGUAUCUCUCAGGGCAGUAGCCUUGGUCCGUUACUCUUCUCUAUUUUUACAAAUUAUGUACCACAAAUGAUUAGCCAAGCUAAAAUGAUUAUGUAUGCUGAUGUUUGCACUUUCUACACAUCAGCACCUAAAGCCAGUGUUUUCACUAAGACUCUUAGCAAGGUGUUCGUGUCAGAAUGGGUAAUUAACAAUAAACUGGUCUUAAACACAUCUAAAAACAAAAACAUUUUAUUUGGUUCAAACCAUUCUUAGACCUAAACCUCAACUGGAGUUGUGCAUAAAGGGUGUGACCGUUUAAAAAGCUGAACUCCUAGGAGGAUAUCAUAGUCAAGUCAUAUUGACAAAGUUCUUGUGAAGAUGGGGAGAGGGAUGUCUGUUGUGAAAAAAUAUAUAUGUUCUGCGUUUUUGACACAUCUACUGUACUAGUUAUUCAGGCUUUGAUCUUGUCCCAUCUUUACUACUGUUCGAUAGUAUGGUCAGGUGCAGCAAAGAAAGACUUGGCAAAGCUGCAGCUGGCUCAACUUUAGCAGCACGCUUUGCCCUUACCACAUAACUAACAUCAACAACAUGCAUGAUAGUGUUUAAUGGUUGAGGAGAAAUUGACCACUUUUUAAGAAACGUGUGUGACAAUGCCUAACCACUUGUAUAAUCUGUUUGCAUACACUUCAAACAGACGUACACACCCCAUCAGACAUGUGACGAUGGAUUUCGUCACGAUACCCAAACAAAAAAAACACUAAAUGCGUCGCUCAGUUAUGUAUCAAGUCAUUGUGGAAAGCUCAGCCACCAGAGUUUACUCUGGCAAAAACUGCUGUGCUGUGGGCAGACUGACGCAGAGAGAACCAUGAUUCUGCUGACUCCAUCCUCUGGUUUCUUCCAGCAAACCAAUAAGCUCUUUCUGAGCGAGCAGGCCACUGGUGUCCAGCUCAAGGAGUUUGUACGCAAAAAUGCAGCCAAUGCUCUGUCUAUGGCCAACAUGCUUAUGGGCAUGGCCUCUAUUCUCUGCAGCCUGAACGGCCACCAACAUGCUGCCUGCUGGCUGGUCCUGAUUGGCUACCUGCUGGACUUGGCAGACGGGGCAGUUGCCAGGCGACUGGAUGCAUGCUCUGCACUAGGUGCUAAACUGGAUGAUUUUGCAGAUUUCACAACCUUUGGGAUUGCAACUUCAUUGCUCCUGAGGACACAUGCCUUAAUGGACAACAUCCUGUGCAUGUGCUAUGUCCUGUCUGUGAUUGUCCGACUCUGCUUCUUCUCCAGCGGCAUCCCCUUCAUGUACCGUGGCCUGCCAUGUAUCUACUCUUCUGCCAUCCUUGCCUGUCUCUCCCUGCUGACCGGAGGUAACAUGGUGAUCCUGCGGGUCACUGCUGUGGCCAUGAUCCUCUUCAUGGUCAACCAGGGAUUCUACCCUCACGACAGGGUCCUGGAGUCACAGGCCUGGAAGAAGGUGGUCUACGCUGGAGGAGUUGUCAUGGUGUUCUGUUCCUCUUUCCCUCCGGCAUGUGUGUACUACCUGUUGUGGUCUGUGUCCUACAUUUUGUUCCCAACAACACUAUGGAGCUGCAAAGUGUAGUAGGCAUUAAAGGCCUUGCUACAAAUUCACACUCGCACAUGGCUUGUCAACGGGCUGUCCAGUGGGGUUAACUAAAGCGCCCAGACUGCUGCUGCCUACAGCGGAUCGAAACGGGACGUAAGAGGACGUUGUAAUGUUUUUGUAAGAUUGAACUGCCUUCUUCAUCAUGAACACUUGAUGGAUAAUGUACUGUACCUUAGCCAUUUUGUUUUUGAAUAAGAUAGGGUUUGGGUAUCUGUAGCUAUUAUGUUUGUACAAUACAACUGCAGAGUCGUACUGUACUGCCUAGUGUGUGUGUGUGUGUGUGUGUACUGUAUCAUCCUUAUGCACAAAUUGUGCUUGAGGUUACUACAACAAUAAUACAAAAAAGUAUUUUCAGUCAUUAAUAAAGUAAUUGAGUAGCAGUUUUUACUGUAAAGAAUGAAAAAAUGUAAAGUUUUUGCAUAAAAAAAAAACAUGGCCCCCCCCUUUUUUUCUGAACAUAGAUUCAAACUACAUUCAAACAUAUGGCAUGCUCUCAAUUUGUAAGAUAUUUGUAAUACAAAAAAAGUUUCAUUAUAUUGCAGAUACAAACGAAGUCCAUUAAAUCAUGUUUUUUUAAUUAUGGAAGACACUACCAUCUCGAGAUCUUGUGUUCUACUGUACUUAAAAUAACUACCAAAGUGAUUGUACAUAAGAAUUGUGUGGAUAUGGGAUUGUUGAGAAAUAUUGUUUUAUUUUCCCAUCAACUGCAUUCUUUAAUUGGAAUAGUAUUUUUUUCUUCUUUAAAAAAUUCUAGCCAUUUUCAGACAAGAUUAGUUUGCUUUUAUUGCUAGCAAAAUGUAACCGUGCUUUAAUUUAAGAGUGUUUACGUUCCCACCAGAUAUACAGUGCCCUCUGUAAUUAUUGGGACAAUUAAGCAUUUUUUCUUCUUUUGGCUCUAUACUUGGUUUGGAUUUGAACUCAAACAAUGACUAUGAGGUUAAAGUGCAGACUGUCAGCUUUAAUGUGAAGGUAUUUCAUCGAUACUGGGUGAACUGUUUAGAAAUUACAUCACUUUUUCAACAACAAAAACAAGAAAUUCGUGUGUGUAGUAAAACAUUACAUUUUUGGUCCCAUAUUUGUAGCACGCAAUAAUUACAUCAAGCUUUUGACUCUAAAAAAUGUUGGUUGCAUUUGCUGUUUUGUUUUGUUUGUUUCAUAUGGUUUUGUGCCCAAUAGAAAUGAAUGGUUCAUGAUGUAUUGUGUCAUUGGAGUCACUUUUCCUGUGAAUAGAGAUGUUUCUAAGCACUUGGUAGAACACAUUGUAGCACAGAUAAUCCUGAAUGAGUCGUGAAUAAAAAUGAUAACCGCCCCUGUUAUUGUAAUGGUGAAAGGUUAGCAUGUCUUGUGGGGUCUGAUACUUUUUCACUCAUUAUUCAUGGUUCAUUUGGGAUUAUCUGUAAUCGUGGUAGCAUCCACAUUGAUAUAGAAGUGUUUAGAAACAUUAUUUUCAAUAAAAGUCAAACAAAUUACACAAUACAUUAUUUACCAUUCAUUUCUAUUGGGCAGAAAAUAAUCUGAACACAACUAAAACAAAGAGCAAAUGCAUCCAACAAAGUUGUAGAGUCACAAGCUUGACGUAGUCAUGGUGUGCUAUGAAUAUGGGACCAAAUAGUACUUUUUACUACUUUAAUACACAAGUGAAUUUUGUCCCUCUCAUUUUAGGGGAGCAAUGUACAAAAAGUCCUGUCAUUUCUAAACGGUGAACCUGCUAUGGAUUAAAUACCCUCAAGUUAAAGCUGAGGGUCUGCACUUUAACCUCAAAGUCAUUGUUUGAUUUCAAAUCAAACUUUUGGAGUAUAGAGUCAAUAGAAGAAAAUGCUUCACUGUUCCAAUAAUUACAGAAGGCACUGUAUAUUAAAAUGAUCAUAGGCUAGCUUUGGUGAAUACAAUAAUGGGCAUUCAUAUAAAAUGACUGGGUUCUCAGUUCUCUUAUUAAAUGCCCACACCAGUAGAAAUCCACUUUUUUCUAGCUGAAAGACGAUGGCCAGAGUUUCCCCAUGAAGUUUCACAAUGAUUUAAGUCCAAGUAUAUUUGGGCUUGAAGUGACAUCUGAAAUGCCCACUUUUCCCAAAUCCGUGUGAAUGCGGUCUUUUCCUAAGACGUACACAUUAUUUUCAGCCUCCGUUUUGUUUCAGGGCUGGGUUUUAUUUGAAUGUUACCACCCACCACCAGCAUGACUUUGUUAAUGAUUUAGAAACCGCUGCAAAAGUAUUCAUCUUGGACCAUGUUGAGCCGAACAGUCCUCUCUCCACUUGACUGCCUGAACCAUGGAGCAUAUUAAAAUACUUGUUUUUAUUUUACCAUAAAAUUAUCAUAAGCCAUUGGAUAAUUUUGUCGAUUUUCGCUGUAAUAUAUAUAUAUAUAUGUGGUAUAUUGCGUGAUAUGUUAGCAUUUCGCAAACCCGCUACCACUGUCACCUCAAGAUGAACGGGUUUGCUUCACUACACGCGCCACUGCUUUGAUUGGUGUAAUGUUGGCAAGAAACCACAAAUGUCUAUACAGAUAAUGAAAAUGGACCCGCAAAAAAAAUAUUUUAGGAACUUCUAGACGAAUUGGUUAUUUAGCCACAAAAACCGCCGCGUGCGCAACUAUGGGGUAUAAUAGACGGGGUUAGCUUAGAUUGUUGACAACAAAACUAUAUUUCAUCUCCAAUGUUUAUUGAAAACAAAUACAUUUGCACAAUGAACACGUGUCUCUCAUACAUCGUUGUUGGUUAGCUAACAAGCGACUUUUAGCCAAAUUAGCAUGAUAUGAAAUCAGUCGAAACACUUCAAAACAAGGCACGGUAUCAAGAACAAAAAACUAGCUGAAACGAGCCAUUUACGAUUCCCCACACAUGGUAGUCUCAUUGAUGCUAGCUAUCUGCCCAUCCAGAAUCACGACACACGGACUUCUGCCCCAUUGAAGCGUGCAUUGUUGUCGCGACGUCAGUUAACCCAUCUAAAGUUACAUGUUAUGUGUGUCGUGUCAUUUCCCUUCCACUGUGAGAACCAUGAGCACGGACAGACUUGGUUUUGCAGUGCCGCAGCUGAAACCUGCCAGCAGACUACCUAACAAAGUUUGCACCGUGUCCAUUACAAUGUAGACAAACGCAUAUCACCUAUCUUUCAAUAGUUAUCCAUAUUUAACGGAGCUUCACCUUAUUCAUUCGAACUAUUUCAAUGGCGGAUUCGCAGACGCAAUUUAUGGCCGAUCCCAAAACUUGAGAUAACAUAUGGCGAAGUCAAAGAUAAGCCAGUGGUUUCCAUAUGUGGCAAAGUUGUCCCUAAACCAAUGCCUAUGACAAAUCCAGCUCCAGAACGAGCUAUAGAGCCAGCUGGCUAAUCUUUUGAAUAAGGUGUAGUAAAAAACACGAGGUUAGAAAGACACAGCUGUCAGUGUCCUUAUUCGUUGAUGUUUAUCAACUCCACAUCGACAGUCCCACCCUCAAUUUGCGAAUAUGUAUGUAUAUGUAUCCUUCGUCAUUCUUUGGUGGUCGACCCUAAAUGUGCAUUUCCUCUUUAGGAUGGGAAAUUACGUUGAAAUACUGGCGGAAACUUCCUCUGGGGGGGGGCUCCUUUAAAGCAGGGGUUACCAAACCUUUUCACUCAGGCGGGGGGGAACACCCUGCGCCCUGUAUAUUUCUAUGGGCACAAGCACUAUUCAUUACAUAAACUGUUCACACCCCUCUUGUUAGCAGAGAGAAUGACAUGUCUAUGUAUUCAUGUGAUAUUUGAAAGAUUCAAACAUUACAAAAUCUAUGGGCAAAGAAACCUAACGUUAGCUGACAUGGGCUAGUUGAUCUGGACAUUCCCGACAAGUUAUAAAUAGCUCACUAAGCAAGGUAUUCAAUGACACAUGAAAACUGAUGAUGCAUUUCGACAUUUCACCUCGUGCAUUCUACUAAUACUCUUGAAAUUUGUAAGUUGAAAGCCGGACUGCGUUCCCCCUUGGGUGAGCCUCACAGUUUGGGAAUCACUGCUUUAAAGGCCCAGUGCAGUAAAAAACAUGAAUUUUCUGUGUGAUAUAUGUCCACACUACAAGGUUGGAAUAAUACAGUGAAAUUGUGAAAAUUAUAAUCGCCUUUUAGUGUGAGAGCUGUUUGAAAAGAGCCUGUUUUGGUGGGAUGGAGUUUUGGCCUGCCUGGUGACAUCACCAGACAGUAAAUUAGUUAAUUGACCAAUAAGAAAGAGUUCCAAUUCUCUCUGCCAAUAACAGCUAGUUUCCCUCUCCCCACUCUGACAGUCCUUUUAAUUUGACUUACACAUGACAUUGUGGUCAGACUUGUGAACAUAGCUUUAUAUUUGGUGUUUGCGCACCUCUGCUUCUGUUUUAGAAGGCUUUACAUCAUUUAAAAAAUGCUUUACCAUCCCAAUGCUUUUAUUAACCUAAGGUACAGUGAAUAGUUAAACAUUUUUUUUUGGUUCAGUUGAUAACCUGUACCCUUUCACACUAUAGUGCCAGCCCGAACCAUUCUGUGCUGGCUUAGAUGUAUUCCUUUCCCGCUGUCAUUUCCACUACGAUUUCAACAACUAUAGUGGGUGUGUAACCAGUCCUGCACAGAUCAUCUUGGCUUGGUUCGGCUCACCUCAGCUCAGUAGUGUGAAAAAGCUUUGGGGUUACUUUUAAGCGUGAGUCAUGAGGACAAAAUGUUGUCCGGAAUAUUCCUGUUCUUGAUCCAUUUCCGCAUGCCAGGGUGUGUUAUUCUGAAAAUGGUGGUUUGUACCUCUCUUUAGAAUUUUAGAUAUGAGUGUGCGAUGGAGACAAUGUGAUGAUGGGUUUGUUUUGAAUUGGCUUAAGAGACAAUAGCAACAGGACAGUAAAACUAUAAAUGUCACCUCCACGCCAUCCAAACGGCUUGUUUGUUGGCAUCGCGGUCAAUGAUAAGCAAUGUUAUGAAAAUCAACAGUGUUGAGUGUGUGCAGGACACUUUUACAUAUCGUGAUCAGUGACUUCAAGACAGUCUCAUUGUGGGCAUUAACUGUAUGGCUACAAUAUUACAUGUCUCAUUACUAAUGUUAAAGGCACAGGAGUGAUCCUCACCAAAUUAUAAACUAGUAAAACAUCUUAUGAAGAUCUCUAUUUUAAAUUCUGUAAAUGUUUUGACAAUUAAAGUGGUGAUAUAA